AACUACUUCUCCAAUGUUACAUAGGGUUCAGCGAUCAGCAACGUCAUAUUGUUACGAGGCAAUUAAAUGGGGAGAGGUAUCACGUGUAUUGGAGAGAUAAUGAACACAAAUUCCUCAUCGAAUCAUGACUUGAGCACGAGUGUUGACCUAUCUCGAAGUCGAAUCAUUUUUCAGUCUAUCAGAAAUCCUGCAUCAUGACUGGUUUAGCGCAAAGAUAUGAGAUCAAUGCUGAUAUGGGAGAGGGCUUCGGCCGAUGGAAAAUGGGUCCAGAUGAGGAACUCAUGCCUCUAAUAGACGCAGCAAAUAUUGCAUGUGGUUUCCACGCUGGUGAUCCAUCCAUCAUGUUAAAGACAAUCCGUCUCUGCAAGCAACAUGGUGUCAAAGCUGGUGCUCAUCCUGGCUUACAAGACCUCUUUGGCUUUGGACGUCGAAAAAUGGAAAUCGACCCUAAGGACAUGUACGCCAUGGUCCUGUAUCAAGUCGGAGCUCUAAAAGCUAUGCUUGACGCAGAGGGUGUUGGGCUCUCUCACAUAAAACCUCAUGGAGAACUCUUCUUCUACAUGCAAAGAGACAAGGGCAUAAUGAGAGCUGUACUUGAAGCUUGUGCAACUUUCAAAGUUCCAGUAUACGCCUGCCAGAACCCAGAACAGGAGGCUAUGUGCAAUGAGAUGGGCGUUCCGUUCCAAGGAGAGGUCUACGUCGAUAUCGACUACUCACCAGAAGGGAGACUUGUUCCUUUUGCGCAAUCUCAUCCUGUAACACCGGAGUUGUGUUAUGAGCGGGCUUUUGGUGCGGCUAUGAAAGAUACAGGGAAGGAUAUCAACGGAGAUCCAUUCAACUUUGGAUUUAAGGGGAAGCCGUUUAGCAUAUGUCUGCAUUCUGAUUCACCGACUGUGCUGGAGAAUGCGAGGUUGGUUCGAAAGGCAGUGGAUGAAGCAAACCGAAACAAAUUUCAUUCGCAGAAUACAAACGGCCAUAGAUUGUAGAAUUGCUUCACACCCAGUUAAUUUGGUUUGAGGAUGUACAUAGAAAUUGGAAACCGAUUUCGGACCUGAUCCCAUACUUUCUAAACAUCUAAAU